AUUUAUUGAACCUCAUGGCUUCUACCUGGCAGAAAGUGAGAGGCUUUUAUGAUUGGGCGCUGGAAAAUGGAGACAAGAGGACAGACCCCUGGUUCCUUGUUUACUCGCCCGUUCCUGUCACUGUGACCUUCAUUGUUUACCUUCUCAUUUGCAAGUAUGGACCAAAGUUUAUGCUGACGCGGGAACCAUUCAGUCUGAAAUAUGUCCUGAUCAUUUACAAUUUUCUCCUCGUUGGCAUCUCAUCCUACAUGUUUUGGGAGUUUCUGGUGACGUCUGUUCGUGCUGAGUACAGCUAUCGAUGCCAACCCGUGGACUACAGCAACAGUGAGCUGGGACUGCGGAUGGCAAAUGUCUGCUGGUGGUUUUUCUUCUCCAAGGUCAUUGAGCUGAUGGACACAAUAUUUUUUAUUAUGAGAAAAAAGCAAAAUCAGGUCACCUUUCUUCACGUCUACCAUCACGGCACCAUGAUUUUCAACUGGUGGGCGGGGGUGAAAUACGUACCCGGGGGUCAAUCUUUCUUCAUCGGCCUUUUGAAUUCUUUUGUUCACAUCGUGAUGUACAUGUACUAUGGCAUUGCAGCCUUGGGGCCCCACAUGCAGAAGUACCUGUGGUGGAAACGUUACCUCACCAUGCUUCAGCUGGUCCAGUUUUUGGGUAUUGCUGCUCACACCUCCUAUAACCUCUUCACAGACUGCGAUUUCCCAGAUGGGUUUAACCUUUUUGUAUUCCUCUACAUCAUCACCAUCAUCAUCCUGUUCUGCAACUUCUACUAUCAAACCUAUAUCCACGGCAAACGGAAAACAGCCUAAACCACAGGAAGUACCAUCUUUGGAUUUCUUUAUCCAUUGAGAGCAUCUAUAACAAACUCCUCACAUCUACCACAGGCGUAAAGUGUCUUUUUUGGGGGGGGAGGGAAAGGGUGAAAUGCAGGAGGAGCCGGGGGUGGGAGGGGGGAAUUAAAGCAAAAGUGUCUUCUUAUGAUACCUACUUUUGUACAUGAGGGUAACUGAGGAGGAAGGGUUUUUGUGGUACUCCCCUGAGAAAAGGUAUUUUUUUUUCAUUCUGUCAUUGGAAAAUUCUCAAAAACAAAAGUUUAGCGCACAUGGCCAGGACAGUUGGUCAGAAUUUGCUGCCAGUACCUAUUUACCUGUCUCUCCAAAACAUCCCUGAUGAAGGCACGAAAAAGAUUUCAAAUUUAAGACUGAAUUUCAACAUUUUCCGGCAAUGAAUUUUGAGACUCUGGUGUUUAGUGGCUAUGUUGCUCAUUCACAGUGUUAGUUAGUUAGUUGGUUGGUUGGUUGGUUAAGCUGAAAAGGAUCAAUAUGUUAUGAUGCCAGGCCACAAAGCAUUUGUCUGCACUUUGCUGCUUCAGGCAAUGGAUGCUCUAUGGUGUAAGUUCUAAUUUAUCUAAGUGUCUGCUUCCAAGGUCACAUAAUACUGAAGUGUGAUGGCACAUAGCAUUGGGGUGCUAGCACAUCAAGGCUUUAAAUGUGUAAAAUAUACUCGGGGGGUUGGGGGGUUGGUUAGCAGAGUCUCCCCAGGCCUGAACUCCCUGUGAGGAGAGGAGAUACCCCGCGGAAUAAUAAUCCUUACAAGUAUGUCUGUGGUAAUCAAAAGCAACCUUGGAGGUCUAGACAUGCACUGAGCUCUACCACCCAACGCCCUAAUGGAUAGAUUGAUCCUAGCUGGACAUGUCUUCUGUUUUUUUUCAUAUUAUUUUAUCAACUUCCACCAUGUUUGGGCUGGANUUUUUCACGUGGAGUGUGGAAUCCUGUGCUGGAGUCCGGUGUUGGGUUGGCAGCCAUGUGUACUUUCAAACGCACAAUGGACACAUGGUUAUAAGAGAAUAAAAUGAAGAAACAAAUGAGGGUGUGGUGGAGGGGUGGGAUGUGGGACUAGGGAUAGGAUUGAGGAUAGACACUCGUGUGGAGUAUAAACACCAGCAGAAUGGCCUGUUUCUGAGCUGUAACCGCUAUGAAUCUAGGACUCUCUGGGUACGGGAGGAUGCGAAUGUCUGGAAUGUAGAUACUAGUGAAGUGUGUCCGGUUACCACUUGGUGGGCCUGGAGAUGUUGGCCAUUUCCUUCCUCCCAAAAUCUCGUCUCCUCUGUAGAGUCUGACUCAGUCCUUCCUUCCACAGACAGACCACACCUAAACCUCUCCUGCUACUGCACACCACCCCACUCCAUCUUCUCUGUUGGGGGGGAAGUUCUGCAUAGACACUCCCUGAUCCCCAAAGGCCAAUCCAGUACCCACUUCAGAAUAUUCAUUGCUCUCGCCUGUCUCUUACCUAUUGUUUUGCCUUCUCCCUCUUUUCCCUGCUCCCCCAAGGCACACCUUUGCACACAUCAACCUGCUCAGGCUCAGUUGCGUUAUUUCAGAGUAUUUAUUCAUCCAUCGGUUUCCAUCCCUAUUAUACUCCGAAUACUGACAUUUAAAUAUCAAAUCGAUAACUUAGCUGCUUUUUUUAAAUAAAAAUUCUCAACAGCUCUCUACAGAGGUUUCUACAAUCUCCUCCAUCCUGAAGGAAAAUUCUGCUUGAGGCUUUUUUUCCUGUUAAAAAUGUAUGUCGUUCUUCUCUUGCGGUCAGUAAAUCAAAUUGCCUCCUUAAAUCUACCUCAUCUAUGGAGCUCACUAUUAUAAAGACCUUGGAUUAAGUGUCUUCAUCUUUGUGAGUCUCUCCUAAUAAGUUAUCCGAGUCUGAAAAUAAUCUUCCGGACACUCUGUUUUGUUUCGGAAGAUGAGGUGCUCUUCAAACUGGACACAGUAAGCCAAGUGUGGACACACUAGAUAUUCCGAACCCGGUAGGAAAAAAAGUGAUUUCACAGUGUAUGCGAUCCUGUAAUGCCCUGUCAAUAAGCAUUGUUUGAUGGUAGCUUCACCUCUGCCUUUAGAUUGAAGAGCUUCGUUGACAGAAGUUUCACAUUAUCUGAAAGCUUUUAGUGGGUAAUGUAUCAUCGCAUCCAGAUGUUUCCCUCUCCACAUCUGCUUGUAGCCAAGUCACCCUAACCAUUGUGUGCUGUGCCUGGUUCCAACUUCCAUCCCCUUAUACUUGUGUACGUGAAGAGCGAGGGAAGCUGAUUGUUCAGAAAGAGAUAUACUAUAUUAGAUUAGUGAGUUGGCAUUUGACUUACACCUGGACUCUCAGUUAUUGCAGCCAGAAAAACCCAAUCCCAUCCCGUGUUGUUUUUUGUUACUUGAGCCCUCAACCUGUGCUUCCUUCCCAGUAUCUCACCACUGAUCUGAAAGGCUGUGGCAAAGUCGUGGGAGAUAGGUUGAGGGUCUGACACAAUAAAGGGGAAGGAGAGGGGAUGUAAUAAACUGAGGCAAAUGGAGAAUUUAAAGUCGGGCUCAUCUGAUUUCCCUCCAUAAUGUCACACUGGAUGAGCACAACAUGUCCAUUUGAGUUCCAUAUAAUGGAGUGUAUUAAACCAGAGACUUCUAUCCUCCACUCUCCCCUCUGGUUAAUGUGGGAAUAGCUUGUAAAGGCGAGUUCAAGGACUGUGAUAGCCGUUUACAUCAGAAACAAGCCAUUGUCAUUUUCUUAAGCUGGGGCUCAUUGCACUUUUUUUUAUUUUUGAAUUAUUCAGAAGAAACAGCCUGAUAGUGAUCCUCCAAAGUCAGGCCAGUCAUCUUUAUUUGCCAUGUACAGGAUACACCAGAAGUGGCCUGACCACUCCUUUGAUUUCUUCUCAUUCCCCUACACUUUGUUUCUUCAGCUCUCGGCCGCUCACUUGGUUUUUGUUCUCGAGGUCUGACCUGCUAAGUGUUAAUUUCUGGUUAAACGAUCAAGCGAAUGCAAGCAGCUAUUGCACACCGCAAACCUCAAUGGCAUUUACAUUAACCCUCUGCUGUAAUACUGUUCAGGUCUUGCUUCCUGAUCCUGAUCACUUUAUUAGGGUUUUCUUUUCCCCUGCUGAAUGUAUUGGCUGAUUGACCUUCUGUUGGCUGAGGACAAUGUAUUCUGGCCUCUAGGGCAAAGGGAGACCUUGCCUCAACUAUUAAGGAACAAAGAGGACAAAGAUUUUUUUAAAAAACAUGGAGUGAUUUUCAAAGUAAAAGUGCCUGGCUGACUCAGCUCCGAGUCCUGUAUCCUUUCAGGUCAAACCCUGCGUAGCAUGUGCGUGUUGUCAGCUUGUGCAUCUAUUAUACGUAGCACAGAUACAGAGACAUCAAUGCACGUUAAAUGGUCCAGGAAUUUCAAAGGGAAAUGAGCAAUGAUUAAUAGCCCAGUGUGUGCAGAGCCUGAAACCUCUCAAACCUGGAAAUCUCAGGAAUAUCCAUUAUUUUCCGUAGGAGUUCAUUGGUCAUUUUUUUUAAAGGAAAUAAUUAGUGUUGCUCUUUAAACAGUGUGUACAUUUUGUACCAGUGUACUUUAUGGAUAAUUAGAAAUCGAAUCACUGUAUGAACUAUCUGUGACUGUGUUUUAAAGGAAUUACUUUUGGCAGCUGUUCAGUAGGUCCAGUAGCAAGGAAAAGCUCCUCCCAAAGCCCAGUGCGCAUGGUAACGUCCUACAGAAAUCAGACCAACACCUGAUGGUGAAAGAUGUACAUGUGCUAACUUCAGGUGGAGAGUUGGAAAGUCCAUACACACACACACACACACACUCGCUCUGAGCUCACCAACAUGACUCACUGUCAAAUCUCCCACAUGAACAGUAGCUGUUCGGAGGAGGGACUCAAAGGUGCCCCCAAGCCAGUGGAACCAUUUGUACCACAGUAGAAAGGGAGGCAGGUGGGUGGGGGGUGGAAUAACCAUCCGGGUGGGAGGAGAAUAUAGGGAAAAAUACUAUUUUGUAAAAUAUUGUGGUUUUGUUGAUCAUUGCACUGGAAAAUUAACAUUUUCUUUAAAUUUUACGUCGCCUAUGUUAAAGCUCUAGGACUUGCAUUGCUCUAGCGAGUACGGUGAGGAGUCCUGUAUUCCCAACCUAAAGUGACACAAUAACAUUGAUUUUUUUUUACCACCAUUUCUUGCUUCUUCCUUGCAUGCCCCUCAAGCUGCCUGCCUACUCUGAGCUCUGAAGGGGAGUGCGAAGGGGAUCUUUUGCUCUUGUUUCUUUUUGCUGCUGAUGGUUUACCCACCUGGUUGGGUGGCGUGCACUGUGCCAUGAAAUGGCUGCCAAUGUUUAGCACUUCCUGUUGGCUAAUCCAACCCGAUUGUGACUGCUGCUCUGUGUUCGGGGAAGCUCUGAGUAGGGAUGACAGUCACACCUGGCAUUCUGAUGACAUUCUCCUGAUACCCUGAUGCAGUGUGUUUGCAGAUAGGCUGUCUUCUUGUUUUGAAUUACUUAGCAGCCCAUUUGGCUGAUGUUUUCAUUUAAACAACCGCUAUGCAAGACCCGACAGAUAUACAUCUUAAAUCAAGUUGUAAUAAUAAUAACCUGGUCACUCGGUCCACGACUGUGGGACACUGCUGUGCGCAAUUGGCUGCUGCGUUCUGCCCACAAAAAUGUACAGUCAAUUCACUUUACCGUAUAUUUUGUGAAGCGCUUUGAGAACAUCUCAAAGACUUGAUAAGGCGCUGUAUCAAAUGCAAGGAUUAUUACUUUAAUAUCUGUGAUGUCUUGCAUACUGGUCAUUACAGGUUCCAGAAUGGGAAGAGUAGAAAUAGUCCAAACUGUCCUUUCAAAGGAAAGAAUCCUUCCUUGUUUAGUCAUUAGUCAAGGAAAUGAAACCACUAGGACCAGUUGAUGUUGAGGGGGUUGGGAAUUGCAUGGUUGUGUGAUUCAGUCAUUAGCCCAAAGAUUGAAUGGAAACCUGGGACUGAGUCACAAGCUCAUCCAAAUCCAUAUUUGUCACAUAAUGAAAGAUUAACUGCACCUUUAUGUUGAGUCAGACCAUUGUUUCAGACUGUUCGGAAGUGUGCAGUAGUUCAUAGCACUGCUGUAGAACUGCAGAUACUGGAGGGCAUUUGGAUCAGUCUCUGCCCAACCUGGUUUCCUGUUUAAACCGAGCUAUUCUUGAGCUAUUUAUAGUUGUGGGUCUUGCAAUAUCACUUGAUGAGUGUCCUGUUUGUCAGAUCCUGGCUCUUAAUGGAUCGGAGCAUUGAAGUAAUAAACAUAGUCACGAGCAGAUCAAAGCUCAAGUGAUUUUUUUUUAACGUUGAGCGGAAAUAUUGUUGACCGUUUCAGAAGACGAUCUUCAUAUGACUAUUUGUUCACUGCUCUUGUUCUCUGGUUACCGGAAGUUGUUUAUAUGCAGAUUCUCCAAAUGAGAGGGGAUUGGGAUGGCUCCAGUAAUGAGAAAUAUUUCAAUUGUCAUUGGUAACUAAUCGGCAAUAACUGGCUGUUAUCCUCUAUUAUAAAAAGAUUGCACUGGAAAAUUAAAAAUGUUAAUUUUAAAUAUCCUAUGUUGAAGCACUAGGACUCACCUUGUUUAUUGUAUUCCCAACCUAAAUAUAUACAUUAAUGUUGAUUUUUAUCACAUUCCUUUCCUCUGUGCCUGCUCCCUAGCUGUAUGUUCUGAAGGAGAGUGUGUGGCCCAGGCAAACACAGUAUUUCACGAUCACAGUAUAGAAUUAACAACACUCUUGACAGUGUCAGCAGAGAGACAGUCACUCAAAUGGUUGUCCAAAAAAAAGUAAAAAUUAUUUUUUAAGUUCCGAAAGAGUCUGUUUUGAAAGAUGUGAUAGCAAUGAGCGCUGAGGAGCUCCUGUGGGGUUAUGAGAUUGUUUGUUUGUUUGUUAAAUAGAUGUUACUAGGAUAAUAAUUGCAGACUGACCUAUUAAAUGUUUUAAUGAAGA